AGUUUGGCUCCGGCACCGCCCGUCGCGGACGCGUACUUGUCGCUGCCGCCGCCGCCGCCGCCGCCGCCGCCACCGCCGCUGCCGCCGCCGCCGCCGACGCCUCAGCCGCUUCAGCUCCGCCGCCGCGCCCGGGCCCACUGCCCGCAGCCAUGAGCGCUCUCCGCCCGGGUAGAGCCCGCCGCCCUCUAGAUUAGUUCCUGCCGCCGCCCCUGGACCCGCCUGCACCAUGGAGUCGCCCGCCUCCAGUCAGCCCGCCAGCAUGCCCCAGACCAAAGGGAAAUCCAAAAGGAAGAAGGAUAUACGGAUAUCCUUCGUGUCCAAACCGCCCGUACCCAACCCCACACCCCCCCGGAACCUUGACUCUCGGACCUUCAUCACCAUCGGAGACAGGAACUUUGAGGUGGAGGCUGAUGACCUGGUGACCAUCUCAGAGCUGGGCCGUGGGGCCUACGGGGUGGUGGAGAAGGUGCGGCAUAACCAGAGUGGCACCAUCAUGGCCGUUAAGCGGAUCCGGGCCACCGUGAACUCACAGGAGCAGAAGCGUCUGCUCAUGGACUUGGACAUCAACAUGCGUACGGUUGACUGCUUCUACACCGUCACCUUCUAUGGGGCCCUCUUCAGAGAGGGAGAUGUGUGGAUCUGCAUGGAGCUCAUGGACACAUCCCUGGACAAGUUCUACCGGAAGGUGCUCGAGAAAAACAUGACCAUUCCAGAGGACAUCUUGGGGGAAAUUGCUGUGUCUAUCGUGAGGGCUCUGGAGCAUCUGCACAGCAAGCUGUCCGUGAUCCACAGAGAUGUGAAGCCGUCCAAUGUCCUCAUCAAUAAGGAGGGUCACGUGAAGAUGUGCGACUUUGGGAUUAGUGGCUAUUUGGUGGAUUCUGUGGCCAAAACGCUGGACGCUGGCUGCAAACCCUACAUGGCUCCCGAGAGGAUCAACCCAGAGCUGAACCAGAAGGGUUACAAUGUCAAGUCUGAUGUCUGGAGCCUCGGCAUCACCAUGAUCGAGAUGGCCAUCCUCCGCUUUCCGUACGAAUCCUGGGGGACUCCGUUCCAGCAGCUGAAGCAGGUGGUGGAAGAGCCGUCUCCCCAGCUCCCAGCUGACCGUUUCUCUCCUGAGUUUGUGGACUUCACUGCGCAGUGCUUGAGGAAGAACCCCGCAGAGCGCAUGAGCUACUUGGAGCUGAUGGAGCACCCGUUCUUCACGUUGCACAAAACAAAGAAGACGGACAUUGCGGCCUUUGUGAAGGAGAUCCUGGGGGAGGACUCCUAGGGGGCGGGCCGUGGGCUCCUCUCUGGCCCUCCAGCGCCCCACGCCCCCUCUGCUGGGGCAGUGCUUGCCCACACCCAUAAGCUACUGCCACUGCAGCCUUGGGUGUUGGGGGGAAGAAUCAAGGGGGCUGCUUCUGACUGGCUUGGCAGCAGGCCGUUGGUCCCAAGUGCCAAAGAACCAGACCACCGGGGCCCUCAGCCAGGCCCAUGUGGGCCCCACCAGUGCCUCUGCCCGUGCUGCUCCAAGGACCCCAAGUCUCCAGCCCC